AUGGCUCCGGCAUCAUCUUCGUCGGCAUACGCUUUCAAGCCUGGCGGAUCGCUCAAGCUCAAGGGAGAGGACGGGAAGAAGGACAAGAAAAAGAAGAAGAAGAAAGUGAGAUCCUCGUUCUUACACGACGCUAAGCACGCAGCUGCUUCCACGUCCGCAUCAGCAUCUCGCUCCUCAUCGAAACAAAAAGCGACGGACGACGGUGAGCAUGAUCUCGAAAGGCCAGAUGCUAUCGAUAGUGAUGGUGUCAUUGUAGAAGGCAGAAAGAUGACCGAAGCCGAGCGCAAGUUCGAAGAGGUUCGCAAAAAGCGCAUGCACCAGCGCAUCGCAAAAGAAGCUCGCACCUCGCACAAAGAAAAGGUGGAUGCGUUCAACAAGUAUCUCGGGUCGCUGUCCGAGCAUCAUGACAUUCCCAAGGUCGGUCCAGGCUAG